UGUUUAGUAAACAUACAAUGUAUUUGUUUGUGACCAUUUGUCAUGCAAUCUUAAUCUGAUUGGCUAUAAAUAGGGAUACGAUUUGCUCGUACCUCACAUUGUUUUGUCAUAGUCCUUUGUGUACGAUCGACUUGAAGCAGAAGAUACAACAAUCAUGAGGGUGACGCUAUUUACUGUGGCCAUUCUAUUGGCCUGUUGUAUGUACACUGAUGCCUGGAGAAGCGGUAGGCGGAGCUAUUUGCCUAGACCAAGACCAAUACCAGUGCCACGCCCUACUUAUCCUAGACCAAUACCAUUGCCACGCCCUACUUUUCCUAGACCAAGUCCUACUUUUCCAGGCCGGCGUUACAAAAGAAGUGACGAUCAAAAUGAACAACAACUGUACAAUGUUGAACUUCAAGCUAAUCCAUGUGACUUUUUUACAUACGAUGUUGAUGGAAAUGGCGGAAUAGCUCUCAAAGAAAUGCAUGCUAUCUUUGGUAACAACAAAAUGGCACUAAACUUAUUCUUGGACCUGGAUUAUAAUGAAAAUGGGGUUAUUGAAGCAGAAGAAUUUGCUGAGCAAGCUUCUCAGUUCAUUAGUGCUUGUGCUGACAUUGUCACAGAUGAUGACCUUGACACAGAAGAUGAGGAUUAAUGAUAGUGUUAAACUUUGUCAUAAAAUGUUUGCAUAGUGUUUUCCACAAUAAGACGAUAGAAUGUUUAAAAAGGAAUUCUUUCCUUGAGUGUUUUAAUAGUUUCUUAAUCUAAAAAUUCUUCUGUAAAGGGCUUUUAGAAGAUCAUUGUUUUCUAUUACUUUAUGUUUGUUUUAACUGAUUUGUAACAUUCUUAAUUUUUUGUUAACAUGCAUGAAUGUGAUAAAUUAAUAAAAGCAAA